CUUCCAUUCCCGCAUGCGGAACCGUGUGGCACAGUCUGCAGCUGCCGGGCGGACGGGCUGCCGCUGCACACAGUCGGCCAUUUUUAAACCAGCGGCAGGGCAGGGCAGGUCGGGGAGGUUCGGGAGCUCCGUUCGUCCGAGUUUUGUUUCUCGCCGCGUUGAUCGAGGGCUUGCGGACAUGUCUGACUUUGUGGAGAGUGAAGCUGAGGAGUCUGAGGAAGAGUAUGAUGAAGAAGGAUCAGUGGUGCAGAAAAAGCCCAAGAAGUUCAUAGAAGAUGAUGAUGAGGAAGAGGAGGAAGAAGAUGAAAAUGCAGAUGACCAAGAUGAGCAAGGAAAUUUAAAGGACUUCAUUAAUGAUGAUGUGGAAGAGGAUGAUGAGGAGGAAGAGGAGGAAGAAGAUGAUGAUGACGAUGAUGCAGGCAGUGAAGGAUCUGGAGGUUCAGACCUUAUCACUAAGAAAAGGAAACGCAAAACUUACGAUGACAGGCUAGAAGAUGAUGAUUUUGACCUAAUUGAGGAAAACUUGGGUGUCAAAGUCAAAAGGCAAAAAUUCCGACGUGUGAAAAAAGUAUCUGAUGAUGAAGAUGAAGAGGAAGAAGAAACUACCAAGAAAGGACAUGAAAAGGAGGCUAUUGCUGAUGAACUUUUCCCAGAGUUUGAAGGGGAAGAAGGAGAGCAGGUGGAAGCACCAGUAGUAGCCCCUGAUGAAGAGGAGGAGGAAGAAGAGGAGGAAUCGGAUAUCGAUGACUUCAUUGUUGAUGACGAUGGCCAACCACUCAGGAAGCCAAAAUGGAAGAGAAAGUUCCCAGGGUACACAGAUGCUGCUCUUCAAGAAGCUCAGGAGAUCUUCGGAGUAGAUUUUGAUUAUGAUGAAUUUGAAAAAUAUAAUGAAUAUGAUGAGGAACUGGAAGAGGAAUACGAGUUUGAAGAUGAGGAAUUAGGAGAAGGUGAAACAAGAGUUCGCCCGAAGAAAACCACCAAAAAACGUGUCAGCCGCCGUAGCAUCUUUGAGAUCUAUGAGCCCAGUGAACUGGAGAGCAGCCAUCUCACAGACCAGGACAACGAGAUCCGAGUUACUGACAUGCCAGAAAGAUUCCAGCUUCGUGCAAUUCCAGUCAAACCAUGUGAAGAUGACGAGCUUGAGGAGGAGUCCGAGUGGAUUUACAGAAAUGCCUUCUCAACUCCGACUAUUUCAUUACAGGAGAGUUCAGAAUACCUGGAACGUGGGCAGGGGAUCAGCAACUUUAGCCGAAAAGGUCCUGCAACUAUCCAGAAGAUAAAAGAAGCACUCAAUUUUAUGAGGAACCAGCAUUUCGAGGUGCCUUUCAUUGCAUUCUACAGAAAGGAGUAUGUAGAGCCGGAACUAAACAUCAAUGACCUGUGGAAGGUCUGGCAGUGGGAUGAGAAGUGGACACAGCUGAGGACAAGAAAAGAAAACCUUACCCGACUAUUCCAGAAGAUGCAAGCAUACCAAUAUGAACAAAUCUCUGCUGAUCCGGACAAACCCCUGGCAGAUGGAGUUCGGGCGCUUGACACUGCAGAUAUUGAAAGAUUGAAGGACGUACAGUCAACUGAUGAGCUUCGAGAUGUGUAUAAUCACUUCUUGUUGUAUUAUGGUCGUGAUAUUCCAAAAAUGCAAAAUGCAUUGAAACCAAGUAAGAAGAAAUACAAAAAGAACCAGCAAGGUGGAGAGGAUGAGGAGGAAGGAGAACGUGAUGAAGAAGUUGAAGAUGAUGAACAUCAUGGACCAGAGCUUAAACAGGCUUCUCGCAGAGAUAUGUACACCAUUUGUCAGAAUGCUGGUCUAGAUGGGCUUGCAAAGAAAUUUGGUCUGACCCCUGAGCAGUUUGGUGAGAAUCUACGAGACAGUUACCAACGUCACGAGACAGAGCAAUUUCCUGCUGAACCAUUGGAGCUGGCAAAAGAUUAUGUCUGCAGUCAAUUUCCAUCACCUGAGGCUGUGCUGGAAGGUUCUCGAUACAUGGUGGCCAUGCAGAUUGCCCGAGAGCCAUUGGUCAAACAAGUUCUAAGACAGACUUUUCAAGAGAGAGCCAAGAUUAAUAUUACUCCCACAAAGAAAGGCAGAAAGGAUAUUGAUGAAGCGCACUUUGCUUAUUCUUUCAAAUAUGUAAAGAAUAAGCCAGUCAAAGAAUUAAGAGAUGAUCAGUUCUUGAAGAUGUGCCUUGCAGAGGAUGAUAACUUACUAACUGUGGAUAUCUGUAUUGAUAUGAAAGGACUUGAAGGUUAUGGGAAUGACCAGACUUAUUUUGAUGAAAUCAAGCAAUUUUAUUACCGUGAUGAAUUCAGUCACCAAGUGCAAGAAUGGAAUAGACAACGCAGCAUGGCAAUUGAACGGGCACUGAAUCAGUUCCUCUACCCACAGAUGGGCAAGGAGCUGAAAAACAAAUUGCUAAUUGAGGCACGAGAUUACAUUUGCAAGUGUUGUAGUCGCAAACUUUACAACUGGUUGAAAGUCGCACCAUAUCGGCCUGACCAACAGAAUGAAGAAGAUGAUGAUGACUUUAUGGAGGAAAAUCAGAGUAAAGGUGUUCGAGUGUUAGGUCUGGCGUUUACAGGAGAAAGGGAUACACCAGCAUUCUGUUCUCUUGUCAAUGGAGAAGGCGAAGUGACAGACUUCCUUCGUCUGCCAUAUUUCUUAAAGCGAAGGAACGCUUGGCGUGAGGAAGAACGAGAGAAGAAGGCGCAUGAUAUUGAAACCUUGAAGAAGUUUCUACUGAGUAAGAAGCCUCACGUUGUGGCGGUUGGUGGAGAAAAUAGGGAUGCACUUAUGGUUGUAGAGGACAUAAAACGAAUAGUGAAUGAAUUGGAGCAGGAGCAUCAAAUGUCACCUAUCGGAGUGCAGUUGGUGGACAAUGAGCUAGCUCUUCUCUACAUGAAUAGCAAAAAGUCCGAGAACGACUUCAGGGAUUAUCCACCAUUAUUACGUCAGGCAGUAUCACUGGCUCGCCGGGUGCAGGAUCCACUUGUUGAGUUUACUCAAGUUUGCAGCUCAGAUGACGACAUUGUUUGUCUCAAAUUCCAUCCAUUACAGGAACAAGUAAUAAAAGAAGAAUUACUGAAUGCACUUUACUGUGAAUUCAUUAACCGAGUGAAUGAAGUCGGUGUGGAUGUUAACAGAGCAAUAACUCAUCCACAUACUCAAGCACUAGUUCAGUAUGUUUGUGGUUUAGGACCUCGUAAAGGAUCGCACCUACAGAAGAUCCUCAAACAGAAUAAUACACGCUUGGAAAAUAGGACGCAACUAGUUACGAUGUGUCAUAUGGGUCCAAAAGUCUUCAUCAAUUGUGCAGGAUUUAUUAAAAUAGAUACUGCAUCAUUAGGGGACAGUACUGAUUCUUACAUUGAGGUUCUGGAUGGCUCAAGAGUUCACCCUGAAACUUACGAGUGGGCCAGAAAGAUGGCUGUGGAUGCUCUUGAAUAUGAUGAAUCAGCAGAGGAUGCCAACCCAGCUGGAGCGCUUGAAGAAAUUUUGGAAAAUCCUGAACGACUAAAGGAUCUUGACCUUGAUGCAUUUGCAGAAGAACUGGAAAGGCAGGGCUAUGGUAACAAAGGUAUCACACUGUAUGAUAUUCGAGCUGAGCUGAGCUGCAGAUAUAAGGAUUUGCGUGUACCAUGUCGUGCACCAAACUCUGAGGAGAUUUUCAACAUGCUUACGAAAGAAACUCCAGAAACGUUUUAUAUUGGUAAAUUAAUAACAUGCAAUGUGACAGGAAUUGCUCACAGGAGACCUCAGGGUGAGAGUUAUGAUCAGGCUAUCAGGAAUGAUGAAACUGGUCUUUGGCAAUGUCCUUUCUGCCAGCAAGACAAUUUUCCAGAGCUUAGUGAGGUUUGGAAUCAUUUUGACAGUGGUGCAUGUCCUGGCCAAGCUAUAGGAGUAAAAACAAGGCUAGACAACAACGUUACAGGUUUUAUUCCAACAAAGUUCCUCAGUGACAAAAAUGUUAAACACCCUGAAGAAAGGGUCAAGAUUGGCAUGACUGUGCAUUGCCGAAUAAUGAAGAUAGACAUCGAAAAAUUUAGUGUGGACCUUACUUGUCGAACGUCUGAUCUGAUGGAUAAGAACAAUGAAUGGAAGUUACCCAAGGACACCUAUUAUGAUUUUGAUUCUGAGGCUGCAGAUCAAAAAGUUGAAGAUGACGCAAAGAAAAAGCAGCAACGCACGACAUACAUCAAGCGGGUAAUUGUGCACCCAUCAUUCCACAAUAUAAACUUCAAGCAAGCUGAGAAGAUGAUGGAAACUAUGGACCAAGGAGAUGUCAUCAUCAGACCCAGUAGCAAAGGAGCUAAUCACCUCACUGUAACCUGGAAAGUGACAGAUGGGAUCUAUCAACAUAUAGAUGUGAGAGAAGAAGGCAAGGAAAAUGCCUUCAGUUUGGGACAGUCUCUUUUAAUCAACAAUGAGGAAUUCGAAGACCUUGAUGAAAUUACUGCUCGUUAUGUGCAGCCAAUGGCAUCUUUUGCUCGUGAUUUGCUCUAUCAUAAAUAUUACCAGGAUUGCAAUGGUGGAGACCGAAAGAAAAUGGAGGAACUCCUAUCAAAAUCCAAAAGGGAAAAGCCUUCUUUCAUUCCCUAUUUCAUUUCAGCAUCAAAGGAACUGCCAGGAAAAUUUCUGUUAGGCUACCAACCUCGUGCCAAACCAAGGGUAGAGUUUGUCACAGUGACACCUGAAGGAUAUCGGUACAGAGGGCAAGUUUUCCCAACUGUAAAUGGCUUAUUUAGAUGGUUUAAAGAUCACUUCCAGGACCCAGUGCCAGGUAUAACACCUUCAAGUACAAGCAGAUCCAGUAGAACUCCUGCCUCUAUGGAUGCAACGCCAGCUAAUAUUAAUUUGGCAGAUCUUACCCGAGCAGUUAAUGCUCUCCCACAGAACAUGACGACGCAGAUGUUCAAUGCAAUAGCAGCUGUUACUGGACAGGGCCAGAAUCCAAAUGCCACGCCAGCACAGUGGGGAUCCAGUCAGUAUGGCUAUGGAGGAAGUAGUGCCUAUCACGUUUUUGCGACCCCUGCACAACAGCCGGUAGCAACACCAUUGAUGACUCCAAGCUAUUCGUACACAACACCCAGUCAGCAACCAAUUACAACGCCUCAAUACCAUGGCAAUGCUACUCCCCAGGCUCCUGCCACAACCCGACAAAGGUCACAGCCAAAGACUUCAACUGCCCAUACUGCAGUUGACUGGGGCAAAAUAGCAGAGCAGUGGCUGCAGGAAAAAGAACAGGAGAGACGAAAACAGAAAGCCAAGAUGACUCCUAGACCUUCGCCAAGUCCCAUGAUCGAAGGCACCCCAAUGUCCAUCGCUGGCGAUGCCACACCAUUGCUGGAUGAAAUGGAUCGAUAGGGGAGGACAAAACAAACAGCAUUUGAACUUUGACCCCGCCCCCCCUUGGGUCUGCUAAUUUCAGUGUUUCCUGAUACCCACAACUAAUUGGCUAAGGAUUUGUUUUCUAAGCUAUAUAUUGGUUAUUUUCAGAUUGUCUUUGACACUCAGUAUUGCCCAUUUAACAAGAAGUGUAAAACUUUCAGGAGGCCAUGGGAAAUCACUGGAAUGUUGAAAUGAACAGCUCGUUGGACUUGUGUACAAUGCCAAAUGGCUGAAACAGAAUGCAUAUCCAUAAUCCUAUUGUGACUUGCACAUGUGCAAAACAAAAAUAUGCCAGUUUACAGCCAGCCUAAUUUUAAUUUCUACAGAGUUGGGAUUUUGGAACAUUUGUAACCAUGAAGUAAGGGAUAACCCUGUGAAGCAGACUGGUUAUCAGCUUCUUGAUAAAUGCAAAUGCUUCCUAUCAUAUAAUGGUGUACAUAAGUAGGUAUAUGCAGACUUUUUUUUAUGCUUGAGGUGAAACUUGACAAACACAAAAUAGUCACCAACAUGUGGUGCUUAUAUGUUCUGGUGGGAAAAGAGAAAUUGUACCUGAUUUAAUAAGCUUUUUUUUCCCCCUCUAAAUAAAAGAGCAUCUACUUUUCAA